AUGUCUUCAGGAGAGCUUCCAUAGGAAAAGAAAACUUUAUUUUCAACUUUAGUUCAGAAGAAACAGGCAGAAACUGAUGCAUAGAAGAUAUAGAAUAGGAUUCUAUAAUUGAAAAUGGAAUAGGAGAAAGUGUUAAAGCACAUUCAAUAGGAUGAACAAAGAGCAGAGGAAAUUUAUAGACAUAGAGUAGAGAUCUAAAUGAAGAAAGAAAAUAAAAUGAAAUAGAAAUAAGCAUAACCACCUCCAUUCUCAUUGGCUGUUUCUCAUCAUCAAAGAGAAUUGUUGAAGAAAAUAAAAGACGAUGAAUUGUAAAGAAAGAAGUCAGAAGCCAAAAUUUUCAGAGACUAAUUAAAGUAGGAUUUUAAGGGUGUUUAAUUAUAAAAAAGCUUGGAACAAGAAGGUUAUCGUAUAAAAGCAAUCUAAGUGAAGGAGGAAGAGAGGUAGUCUACUUAAUUGGCUGUUGCGAAAUUGAAGUAGAAGAGAGAGAGAGUAAGAUAUGAAAUAGAGAACGAAAAAGAUAGAGUGGAGAGGGAAAAGGAGUUAUAUGAUUUAAAAAUCUAAGAAUUGGAAUAAAUUGAGCAAUUAGCUAUGAUGGAACUAUAAAAUUCGUUAGCAAGAUAGCAGAAGGUUUAAGAGAAGAUUCAGUAAGCACAAAAAUUGUCACCCAGCGAUUAUGAAAAAUAAUAUUAAAGCAUUUAGAAGGCAAGUGCCACAUAAUGA